AUGAACCACGACAUCGACGCCCUACGGGCAAGUUUCGAGGGCUGCACGACGGUGCCCGAAGUCGAGAAGCGCAUCCGGACCGAACUUAGCGAUGCUGAACGCCUCGUUGUUGCUUCCGUCGCCUACGACCACUUCUUCGCGAGCAAUUGGUGCGGGAUUGAAGAAGCCGCCCUGCUUGCUAAUGACGUCGAGGAAGGCCUACGCCCGCAAGUUGUCGAAGCCUUGUCUUGUGAGGGGAUGUUGCCUUACAAGGGGACAAGGUCCCUUUUGCUUCUCCUUGCCGCGAUCAAGGCCAUCGAAGGGCAAAAUGGAGGCCAGGUCUUGCAGCUCAAGAUUCUGAUGGCCUGGCAGCACCUGCUCGACGAGUCUUCAUCAACGAUCCACCGGCGUAUCAAAGAAUUGAUCAAGGAAGUGCAAAAACCAUGCGAAGAAAGCCUCGUGAUCAGCGUGGAGCGCGAGCUGGUCAUUGCCCAGGCGUGCCUGUUGUUCUACGGUUACGAUGAAGCGCAUCGGCACAUUGACGAGGCGUUCAAACUGGCAAAGCUUGACGCGACGCUGACCGGCGAGCUCGGCAAGCGCACAAAAUGGCAGCAACACCUGGUGGCCCAGUUGGUGUUGUCGGUGCAAGCUAGCGGCGAGGUCGACGAGGCCGAGGAACAAAUGCCGGAAAAUGUGCAGUUGAAUGACGACACGCUGAUGGACACCAUCACCCUGGAAGGCCCAGCCAAGGAGCCGGUCUUGCUCACUUCGAUGCAAGUGGCCUGCCUCGUCGCCCUUACCACGUACAAGCGGAAAACACAGCCGAAAAGCGACAUUGUCACCGAAGAAUGCAUGGCGACAAUCUCUAUGAUCCUCUCCCAAAAGCGCUGCUGGGCGGGGCAUUGCCAGUCGCUGAUCAUGCGCAGCGACUUGGAGAAGGGCAAGGGCCGAAAAGUGGAAAGGGCUUGUCAACAGCUUGAAUCGUUAUUGCUGGGUCUGGAUGGGACGGCGAGUUAUGCUGAACACGGAGUGCCAAGGUGCAAAUUUGCGGUCGCCUGUGGCCUUCCCCCAUGGUGGAAAGUGCGAAUCCAGUAUGCGCGUGUGCUCUGCUCGAUCGGAUUGUACUCGGAGGCCCUCCGCUGCUACGAAAAACUAAAGAACUGGGACGGCGUCAUUGACUGCUACAAGUCGAUGGGCCAAAUUGAGAAAGCCGACCGGUUAAUAAGAGACCUUAUCGAUCAGAAGGACGACAGCGUUCCCCUCCAUCUCCUCUACACGAUGCUCGGCGAGAUCAACCAGGAGCUGUCGUAUUUCGAAAAGGCCAUUGAGCUUGGUGUGUGGUUCAACGCGGGGUACUGUGCGUGGACCAACGAGCAAUUCGAGCAGGCAACCGUCUGCUUCCGCCGUUGUGUCGACCUCGAGCCUGAACACUUCGAAGCCUGGAACAACCUAUCCGCCGCCUACCUUCGUCUCAACCAGAAAAAGCGGGCUUUCGACGUGCUUCAGGAAGCUAUCAAGUUCAGCAUCGAAGACCACAACAUUUGGGGAAAUUGCCUGCUCCUGGCGCUGUCCGUGGGCGAAGUGUCGAAGGCGAUACAAGCAUACCAUAGGCUUCUUGACCUGAAGCGAGCCCCCACCGAUGACGAUUAUUUGAUCAAGCUGACGAAUGAGGCGCUGGACCUAAUCGAAAAGGAACCCAACGACCCGUGCCUGGACGAGCUCUGCAAGCUUUUCGCACGCAUCAUCGCUUCCAAGUCACUCGGCGCACAGGGUUACCUCCUCUACGCCUCCCUCAAAAAGCCGUCGCCGGGUAGCGUCGAUCAGGAUGGGCGCUAUGUGCGCCUGGUCGAGCAGGCCCUCCAGGCCGAUACGAUGAAAAAUGACUAUUUGACGAAGGUGGAGGUGGCGCUGCGCGUGCUCAAGACGGCCAAUCUGCUGAUCGACACACGGUUGGAGCAAGCCGGGAUCAGCCAAAAGGAGGAAGACAUCAAGAGGGCAAAGUCGCGCAACAAUUUGACGCUGCUGCCCCACCUCAAGAAGAUCCAAAUGGCCUACCAGGACCAAUUCGGCGCUCAAAACGAGCUGAAGAUGGCGCUCGACGAUGUUAUGGCCAAAAUUCAAGCC